CCGAUUUUACCAAGUCUUCUCCUUCCUCUCCUAUUUCGGUAUCCUCACCUGCCUCCGGAAAGCGAAAGCAACGAGACCCGAAUUAGCGGCGGCGAUGGCUCUCCCGGCGUCGAGCACCACCCUCUCCCGCUUCCUCUCCGCCCGCCGCAUCCAGCCCGCCGACGUCACUGCCCUCGCCACCUGGGGUGUCGCCGCCGGCACCGCCGCCUUCUACCUCGUCCAGCCAUUUGACUUUAUUAAGAAAACUUUCUUCGAGAAGCCAGAGCCAGAGGCAUGAGUUUCAUGGGCCCAGACGGCUGCAACUUUUGAUGCAUUUACAUUUCCGGAAUGAUCUCUGAGCUGAAGAGAACUUGGAUGACCCAGCCAAUAAUAUAUAAGACCCUGUUGUUUGCUUGUUUGAUUGUUCAUCCAGAUGUAGAUUUCCUCUUGCAUUGCAUGUAAUCCUCAGCAGGGGAGGGGAAUGAUCAUGUAAACUUAUUUUUAAUGAGAGAAGAAAACUGUGCCUCGUUGA